CAGUAAUAGUUUGUUUUGUUCUCAUUUAUUCUGAAAUGCUUUUAUUUUAAUUUGUUUUAAAAUAAGCCCAUGCUCACUGAAAGAUCAUAAAAGUUAGUAACCGAAAUCUAGAAUAAAUUCAGAUGCCAUGCCAUUUCAAAUAACCUAAUAGUUAAUAAUUACCUGAUACCCUAAUUAUUUUAUUACCGGUCUAUUGAUUGUUAUCUCACUGUACGUACUGAACUCCGAUACGCCGAUAAUAUUACCAAUAACUGCAAUUCAAUAUGAAUUACUUAAUCCGCCAUUCCGGAAUAUUGCGUAGGAAAUGACCAUGCCGCAAUGGGAACACAAUUAUUAUGUGUAAAUGCGUAAACAAACAGUAUUAGUUAUCCGGUUAACUGAGUGAGGUGUUUUUUGUGCUGUGUUUAAAAAAAAAGAAAACUAAUUAUUCCAGCUGUGUAUGAUAAAAAACCUUCCACCAUGUUGUCUUGGAUCCAACAAAGAUGGGCAGCUUUAUGGCUGUUAGUUGCAGCCCAUGGUGCAUUGUGUCUGUUUUUGUAUGGUUUUUUCCCACUGAAGUAUCAUUCGGGUAAACUGGCUCAUAUGGAUGACCUUCCCAAUUUCAUUAAUGGUGUCAGUAUUGACGGCCAUGAAGUAUAUAAUUCUGGUGAGAACAGUGUAAUACUGAUGGUGAUAGAUGGCUUGAGAUAUGACUUUGCCACUGAGGAGUACAUGCCUUUCAUGGGUGAACUGCUGAAAAAUAAAUCUGGAUGCAUUUAUGUGUCCGUUGCUGAACCACCAACAGUUACAAUGCCCAGGAUUAAGUCACCAGAAAGGAAAAAGGAGAAAGCACAGUGGAGGCGCACUAUAAACUUCUGGAGGGAUAUAUUCGCCAUGAUGACCGGUAGCGUGUCUACAUUCGCAGAUGUAGCCUUAAACUUCGGAGCGCCGGCUGUACGCGGUGACAGUGUCCUAAGAGUCACUAAAUCGAGAGGCCGUCGAUCCGUAAUGUAUGGAGACGAUACGUGGCUGAGAUUGUUCCCUGGGCUGUGGGCUGACUCUGACGGAACUACUUCCUUCUACGUAACGGAUUAUACUGAGGUAGACAACAAUGUAACGCGGCACCUAGACAAAGUACUAGCGCCAGAUGAGAAGAAAAAGCCGUCAUUCGAUUUCCUAGUGCUACAUUACUUAGGAUUAGACCAUAUCGGGCAUUUAGAAGGUGCCAGAAGUCCGAAAAUCAAGCCGAAACUAUUGGAAAUGGAUGACGUAGUCAAGAAAAUAUAUGCAGGUAUGAGAACAUGGGAUAGAUCAGGGAUAUUAAUAAUUUGUGGUGAUCACGGGAUGAGGGACGCCGGUGGCCAUGGCGGUGCCACCGCCGCUGAAGUUCUGGUACCUUUAGUGAUUAUCAAAAGCGACAAUUUUCAGUGCCCCCAUCCGUUAGGUCCGGGCCCAACUGUCGCUCAAGUGGACGUAGCGCCCACAGUAGCAUGGCUACUAAACGCUCCCAUACCAGGGGAUAGUACCGGCAGGAUACUACCCUCCCUGCUACCCGUAGACUACCGUCAGCACCUCUACCUCUUACAUGUGCUAGCAGCUCAUAACGCCAAGCAGUCACUACCCGCAAACACAGAAUUCUAUCAGCAGUUCAAACGCGCUGAGUCUCAGUUUGCGCACUUUCUGUCGACCGGCCAGGAAAGCGCGGCAAAAAUCGCCAAGGAUUUCUACGAGGAGUCCCUAGAGGACAUGUCCAAAUACCUCACCGAAACCACCACAGAUUUCGACCUAUUUGCUAUUGGCAUCGCAAUUUUCGUUCUGUAUAUUCUAACCGGAGCACUUCUAUGCGUCACACUUUACUCCUUCCAACAAGACCCUCAAAGAAAGACCAGUGUAGUACGCCAGCAUAGAUCCCAAGCUAGCACGAUAGUAGCCUUUGCCAUAAUCUUUUUCCUGAUCUCCAGCACAUUACUCAUAUCCUGUUUUAUAUCGGAAACUAAAAGCCGAUUUUGCUCCUUCAACCCAAUUUGGUCAAUCGGCUUCAUUGCGGUGUCUCUAGCUGUAACUGCAGGCUAUUUCGUAAUAAAAUCGGCCAUAGAAAGAACCAAAGAUUUGUCCGCUUUAAGAGAACUAAACGCGAUUGACUAUUUACUAAUUAUUGGUACGCUCUUCCACUCAUGGUCGUUCUUCGGAACGAGUUUUAUAGAAGAAGAGCAUAUGACUUGGUAUUUCUUCUGGAAUACUCUAAUGUUCUUUAUAUUGAUUAGGACGAUAGUUGUGGUAGUGGUUUAUUUUACAAAAAGAUGGUCCGGCGCUACUGAGUUUCAGGAUAAACUGGAUUUACGGGACAAGAUGAGUUCAGUUGGUAUUAGCAUCGUGCCUCAAUGGGUUUUGCUGAUUGCUUUACAUAGGUACCUACGGACAAUGAAUCAGACUGGCGAUCGCUGGUUGUUCCUACCGGACACUGCGGACUGGUUGAAUGCACCCGAAAAUUCCUUCUAUUUAGAAGCACAUAUUGUGAUAGGAACGAUCUUAACUUUCGGCGUGUGCUUAUGGAACGUUCGACACAUGAACAAUUUCAUGCAGAUGCAUUCCGCAUUAACCGUAUGCGCAACUGCCUGCGUAUUCCUCUAUCGAAUAUCCACAAAUGCUUUAGAUACACGAUACGCCUUCCUAAAAACUUACGACCCAGUGAUCAUAGUGAACGUUUUCUGGGGACUACUAAUAUUCCAAGUUCUCUUCGAACUAGCAACGUAUAUAGGGAUGUUCACAAAAUGCGGUUUCAAACCGAAAAAUAACAGAAAUAAGUUCACGUACACUAAACCUAAGGCGAAGAGCGAAGACUAUUUCUACGACGAAAUGGACGAACCGUGGAAUUUCGAGGAAGUAAAGCUAAACCUCGCUCGGUCAUUAACCCAUAUCAUGUACAAUGAUAUGAUGCUGAUAAUAAUUCUGCUGAUGAGACCGCACAAUGUGAUAAUGGUGCCGAGUAUAUAUUUCACGUGUGUGCUGACGAGUAAAUGCUUGGACCAUAAGUUUUUGGAUUCGAGGACAGCUAGGAGAACGGAAGUUGCCGAUGUUUUGAGUCAAGCUUUGGUGCAUCUUUGGAUAGGUGUGCUGUUUUAUUUUUAUCAGGGUAACUCCAACAGCCUAGCUUCAGUGGAUCUAGGCGCAGGUUACGUAGGGCUUCGAGAGUACAGCGAGGUUAAAGUGGCGCUGCGUAUGGGACUCCACGCAUACGCCGGCCCGGCUUUGGCCGGUGCGAGAUUGUUCUGCGCUUUAACCACCGCACCAUCCAUUACUUGGAAUCAGUACUUACAAUCAGUAUGGCGCGUUAUAAAUAUCUUUGCACUGCAAAGGGUUUAUCAACUCGUCAUAUACUGUGUGAUAGCCACAAUAUUCAGGCACCACUUGUUCGUAUGGACGGUGUUCUCACCGAAGUUGUUAUACGACUUCGUUGCGACAGUGUUCUCCAUGCAAUCACUAUCGACUAUUGGAAACAUUGUCCUAUUGACACAUGUUACCAGUUGGUUCGCUAGACUAUUUACUUAUAAGACCACGCUGUGAUAUAAAUAGCUAGUAUAAUUCGCGGUUCACAUCAUUCCAGUAACUGGAACGAGUAUGUUUAUUCCAGCGCAGUAGAUAGACAGUGCUAUCACUAUGCAGAUACCAAGAUAUUUUGUCGUACACAAAACUCUAAACUUAACUAAAUUGGCGCGUCUAAAACUAGUGCUAUCCUUUUCAUUAGAAAAAGGUAGCGCUACUUUUUUAAUUAGGUUUAGUUUGUAUGCGACAGAUUUAGCCCUAAUACCUUAACAAGGAAAGAAUUGUUCGCUAGCAAUCGUAUGGUAAUUUUUAUGUAUGUACUGUAACAUCAGAAUCAAAUAGAACUUAUUAUUCUUAUUUUAAGGUUUAAAUUCGUUUAUCUGUUUUGAAAGAACGCAACGAGCAAUAUCAUGCUAAUUUUACCAUGACAUCACUAUACGAUUCUCGAAAACUACUGUACGACUGCGAUUCUACAGAUCAUAUUAUACUAAGGAUAGUUAAGGGUCGUUAAGUUGCAAACACAGUUCAUCCAGUUUAGAACGGAGAAAUGUAGUACACUUGUAGUACCCGCAGAGUUUUUAGAUAAUGUUUACGUAUUUAUGUUUUCACUAUGAGCUAAUGAAAACGCCUUAGUCAAUGUAAAUGUUGUUUUUUACAGAAUAUUUAAACUUAAUCUUUGGAUUCAGUACACUGCAAUGGAAUAAAAGAAAUGGUCUAUAUUAUUCCAGUGGCAAGUUAAUAAGUUAUUAUGCUGAACUGGAAUAUAAAAUAUAACCUUUAAAGUAUUAGUUAGACUUUUAAACAAGCAAAGAUAAAAAAAAUUGUUUUCAAAUUACUUUUGGUUUAUAUUGAGCAACUAAUCGAAAACCUUUUUUACAGUGAAACAACCUACAAUGAGUAUGUGUGUAAUGUAUGAAUUGUAUUUUAAAGAUUUAUAGAAGAAUGCCCAUUUAUAUCGAAUAUCAAUUUGAAAUAAAAUUUUAGAAAAUGAAAAUCUCACACGAAUUUGUAAUCUAAACUAAAUUGAACGGUCUCGACCUAUCGAAGCUCGUUCGUUCGUUAAUCGUGUAUGCCUAUAAAUCAAACCUAUGAAGUUUAUGAGUGUUUAUAUAAAAACUAAUUUAAAAUUUGACGCUCACUGUCGCAAUGCAAAAAAGUACUAAGGCUCGCUAUGAUUAUAUAUUUGCACAUAUUUCUUGCUUUUCUUAAUGAUAUUUGUUGCUAUUUCGAAUUGAUAAUGCUAAGUAGAUUUCAUUGCCGUAUGUUGUGGCAUUUGGAGUCAGGCUUUUGUAUAUAUAUGUCUUUCCUAUAGGUUAACUAUAUCCUCGCAGUCUUAUGACGCUAAUGCCCGUUUUCACUUAACCUAGGAAUCGCCUAAAUCGAAUGUCUAAUGAUUUACGCGAUAUCUACAGAAAAAAACGUUUCACCAACUCUUAGGUAGAUGUACGCCUAGGAACUUCCUUAGAUUAUGUCGUUAGUGAAAACGUGCAUAAUGCUAAUUUCGGUCUGGCCAUAAUAACCUGCCACUGCUUAGUGAUCUAAGGGUUGUAUUUUUUUGUUACCUAAUAAAAUAAUAUAUGAUAUUUUUGUACAAGUCGUGAAGAUAAACAAAUGAGAAACAAUUAUUUAUUUCGAACGAUAUGUCUUUAAAAAUGUUAAAAAAUGCUGCGCUCACAAUGAUGGUGUUCAUUUA